UUCCUGUUCCUGUCCAUCUGGAGGGCACUCCCUUGGAGAAAAGGUUGACAAAAGAUUCUAAAUGGUGCUUAGGCAUAAGAAUAUCUUCCCAUAAAAGUAAAGUAGCCUUCUAAACUAUGCAAUAAAGCUUAACCCUUUUUGUUCUUGUACGUUACAGCUUUAUCAAAACAUCCUUGUUAAAGACAUAUUCUGUCAGCAUUUCUAUCUUUCUUCACUUGUCUGGUAUGGGGAAAAUCUGGGUUGAGGUCUGUCUAAUUUCUGCUCGAGGGCUCCGGCGUUCGUCCUCUUUUUGGAAGCUACAGUGGUUUGCGGUUGGGUGGAUUGAUCCCAACAACAAAUAUUGCACCAGGAUUGAUGCUUCUGGGAAUUCAAAUCCAGUAUGGAAAACCAAGUUUGCGGCUUUGGUUGAUGACUCAAAUUUCCAAGAUAUGAUGCUGAACGUUGAAGUGUACAGUAGAGAGCCCAUUUUCCUCAGAGAAAGGCUUCAGGGGACUGCAACUGUUGCCUUGAAAGAAUUUCUGGCCAAACAUAGCAACAACUCCUCCUCUUCAGGGGCAGGAACUGAAAAAGUAGGAAGCUACCAGUUGCGCAAAAGAAAUUCCAACAAACCUCAAGGAUUUGUUGACAUCUCUAUCCGUAUCUCAGAGGAGAGGGACGAGCCAAGUUCAUUCCCAGGUAAUGAGGGAGGGCUUGUUCUCAUGGAUCAUAGGACUAAUAUUGCAUUGCCUACUGAAGGUGGGUCGGGACACACCUACCCAGCAGGGGCAGCACAGCUGCCUCUAGCCCCCCUUCCACGGCCACAGAAUCAAUUUCAAGCUAACACUCCAUACACACAUUCAGCGCCACAUCCUACAAACUAUUACAACUCAUCUCUAGGUGAUCCCAGUGUUCCAUCAGCUUCUGGACCCAGCUAUCGUCCACCUAAGACUCCUCCACCCCCACCGCCACCCUCUAAUGUUGGUUACAUUCCCACUUUCCUCCCAAGAACAGAUCAUGUAACAGGGACGUAUUUGAAUAUGCCAUCUUCUGCGGCUGCACCUGGAUCAGGGCCACGACCUGGUUUUGCAAUGGGACUAGGAGCAGGAGCACUGGCGGCUGGUGCUGUGAUCUUUGGUGAUGAUUUCAUGUCGGGGUUUGAUGUUCCUGCAGGCUUACAAGAUGCGAGUCUGACCAUAUCCAUGGAUCCUCCUUUCUGAUAAAUCAAUGGCUUGCUGCUGCAAUGUGUUGUAAUUGUAGUAAUCACAUCAAGAAGCACGCUGUUGAAAUUUGUUUGCGAGAAUUCAUUCAAUGAAACCUUGUUCACAUAGAGUUUGGUACUA